AUGACGUCACGAUUUCGUGGCAAAUAUCUCUCUGUUACACCUACUGGUUAUACACAUGUUAAGUUCGUGGAAUCCGGAAAUGAAUAUAUAUACAAGAAAGUGACAACAACUGUACAUAAUAUUAUUGUUGGGAAAUUAUGGAUUGAUAAUCACGGUGAAAUGUUGAUUGAAAAUCAUAAAACACGAGACAAAUGUGUCUUGAAAUUUCAUCCCUACAGUUAUUUUUCGCGGGAACCUCCACGUAAGUGGCUUAUCCAGGGUGUUUGGGAUAGCCAUUUGGAUAUGCUCAGAGUGACCAAAGAAGUGGACAGUGGUGGAAAUGCACGUUUUGAAACAGAUUCUCCGAUUCGUAUUUGGACCAUCAAUCCGCCAGUUUAUAAAUUUUGCAGUGAAAAUUCCGAAAAGAUGUAUUAUUUUACAAAACUGGCAAUUGAAUUGAACGAAAUGGAGCCAGGUGUGGCACUGACUGAUUCGCGCUUACGUCCCGAUCAACGACUUAUGGAAGAGGGAAAAUGGGACGAGGCGAACGAAAUGAAGUUAAAAAUCGAAGAGAAACAGCGCAGCACUCGACGACAAAGAGAAGCCUUAGCUGAGAAGGCUUUGCAGAAAGGCGAGCCAUUUGAAGAAUACAAACCGUUAUGGUUUACAAAAGGUCAGCAUGCAUCAUCGGGUGCACUAAUACACAUUUUUACUGGCGAAUAUUGGGAAAAGAAGAAAGCCGGUGACUGGUCCAUGUGCCCUAAUAUUUUUUGA